AUGAAGGGAGCUGUUGUAGUAGCGAUUAUAGCUGCCAUUGGCAACCUGUUGCAGGGAUGGGACAAUGCUACUAUAGCUGGAUCUGUGCUUUACAUAAAACGAGAAUUCGAUUUGCAGAGUCAGCCUACGAUAGAAGGACUGAUUGUGGCUAUGUCCCUAAUCGGAGCAACGGUUAUCACAACAUUUUCUGGGCCGGUAUCCGAUUUGGUGGGACGGCGCCCAAUGCUAAUAAUCUCAUCAGUUAUGUAUUUUACGAGUGGUUUAGUGAUGUUAUGGGCUCCGAAUGUAUACGUUCUCCUCUUGGCAAGGCUUUUGGAUGGCUUUGGAGUUGGUCUUGCGGUGACUCUUGUUCCUGUGUAUAUAUCCGAGACAGCUCCUCCAGAAAUAAGAGGGUUACUAAAUACAUUUCCUCAGUUCACUGGUUGUGUUGGCAUGUUCUUUUCAUACUGCAUGGUCUUUGGAAUGUCAUUGAUGGAUUCACCCAGUUGGAGGGUGAUGCUUGGGGUUCUCUCAAUUCCUUCUGUCGUCUACUUUGUGCUGGCGCUCUUUUUCUUACCCGAAUCUCCAAGAUGGCUGGUUAGUAAAGGGAAGAUGAAAGAGGCGAAACGAGUUCUACAAAGAAUUCGCGGACGGGAUGACGUGUCAGGCGAGAUGGCUUUGUUACUCGAGGGUCUGGGUGUCGGAGGCGAUGGUACAUCUAUAGAGGAGUACAUAAUUGGCCCAGACGGUGACUUGGCAGAUACAGACGAGCAUGUUGCACAGAAUAAAGAGCAUAUAAAGUUGUACGGUGCUGAAGAGGGCCAAUCCUGGAUAGCCAAACCCGUGUCAGGACAGAGUACUCUGGGUAUGGCCUCCCGUCAAGGAAGCAUGGUUAAUCGGAGCAUGCUUAUGGACCCAAUGGUCACCCUAUUCGGGAGUGUUCACGAGAAGCUCCCCGAGACGGGAAGCAUGCUCAUCUCGAACUUCGGCAGCAUGUUCAACGUGCCCGAGAAGCAGCACCAACCCUGGGACGAAGAAACUCUGCAACGAGACCCUGUUGCUGAUAAUGCAUCAGAUUCGGGGGCCGAAUCUGAUGACAACUUGAGGAGCCCGUUGCUUUCACGUCAGGGUACAAAUGGUGACAAGGACAGUAACAUCAACAAUCUUGGUGAACAAGUGACUGGUAUGGGGAUCGGUGGUGGAUGGCAGCUGGCGUAUAAAAAGGACGAGAAGAAUUCGGGUGGUCUUAAGAGGAUCUACUUGCACCAGGAGGGUGGGCCAGGGUCGAGGCGUGGUUCGCUUCUCGAGGGAGACUUUAUCCAUGCCGCUGCUUUAGUCAGCCACUCGGUUCUUCAUCCGGAUGCUAUUUUAAGUCAUCAGUCGAUCGAAGCAGCAACUCAAACGAAACCUGAAUCUGUGGCUAAAGGCCCGAGCUGGAGGGAACUUUUUGAACCGGGUGUCAAACAUGCGCUCAUUGUAGGUGUUGGAAUUCAAAUUCUUCAGCAGUUCUCUGGCAUUAAUGGAGUUCUCUACUACACUCCUCAAAUUCUGGAACAAGCCGGUGUCGGAGUUCUCCUUUCAAAUUUGGGCAUCGGUUCAGAAUCUGCAUCUUUUCUUAUUAGUGGUCUCACAACAUUGUUGAUGCUUCCAAGCAUUGGAGUCGCAAUGAGACUCAUGGAUAUUGCUGGCCGAAGGUGGCUACUGCUGUCCACAUUGCCUGUUCUGUUGUUGGCCCUUAUCUUAUUAGUCCUCGGAAAUGUAAUCGAUCUCGGCACAAUGAUGCAUGCCGUGAUCUCAACCAUUAGCGUCAUUGUUUACUUCUGCUGCUUUGUCAUGGGAUUCGGACCAAUCCCCAAUAUCCUCUGCUCAGAGAUAUUCCCAACUCGAGUCCGUGGCCUCUGCAUUGCCAUAUGUGCUCUCACCUUCUGGAUUGGGGACAUCAUAGUCACAUAUUCUCUGCCGGUCAUGCUUAACUCGAUUGGCCUUGCUGGCGUUUUCUCCAUUUAUGCUUGCGUAUGCACUGUUGCGUGGUUCUUCGUCUUCUUCAAAGUCCCGGAAACAAAGGGAAUGCCACUUGAAGUUAUUACCGAGUUCUUCGCGGUGGGUGCAAAACAAAACACAAACAACUGA